AUGCAUUGGAGUGGAUCAAGAAAUCCAGGUAUCAUUGCUAGUAUAUCAUGUAUUACAUGUUCAUCAAGUAGCUUUUGUCCAUUGGGAGCUAUAUAUGAAAUGAAUUCAACUUUACUUACUUCUAUAUCACAAGCAUAUGCAUAUCCUCGUUCACCUGAAAUGGAUGUAUUUGAAGAUAUUCUUCUAAAUAAUAUGUUUUCAUUAGGUUCAACAGAUCAUUGUCUAGUAGUUUCACCAAUUUUUUGGACAUUGAUACUUUUGGCUAUCUUUCUUAUUUUACUUCUUGUUAUGGCUUCACUCUAUUGGUGGUUUCCACCAGAGAAACAAUAA